AUGGGUGAAAUCGGUACGAAUCUGCUCCUGCGGAGGAUAGCUGAACAAGCCCGCGAACAGAGCAUGAUACGCGACGCAGCACCGGAGAACGAAUUUCGAAAGCUGCCCAAUCCAACGUCGCCCAGAAACGACAAACGGGUGCACAACCUGUCAUCAAAGGAGCUGACGAAGGAUCAGAUGCAGGUUUUACGGCACGAAGCUUCAUUUAACACGGCUGACGCCAAACCUGUUAACAUGACUGCAGCUGUGGAAUCAAUCCUUUGUCAGACGGAGGCAACGGAGGAGACUAAGAACUUCAUCGGACACCAAGUGUCGUCUCUCCUGAUGGCCCACAGGCCGCGGGAAGUGCUUUCCAAGGUCGAACGUGAUGCGCCUAGAGAACUCAAGACCGACAAAGACCUGGUCAUCGUGCCAGCGGACAAAGGACGCGUCACAGUUUUACUGGACAGGACAGACUACCUUCAAAAAGCCAAAGAUUUACUGGAGGACCGACAGUUCCAUGUCCCAUGUGCAACGAACCCUUUAAAGGCGCUGACACGCGAAAUUAAUGCUACUUUGUUGGCCUUGGAGAACUCAGGUGCAAUAACACCGACCGACAGACGCAUGGCGAGACCCCAAGAUACGGCUUUGGCCCGAUUCUAUGGCCUCCCUAAGGUGCACAAAGACGGCGCUCCUCUCCGACCCAUCGUGUCGCUCAAAGGGACUCCAACGUACGGACUGGCUAAGUGGCUGUUCCGGCGCCUCAAGUUCCUGACCGCUGAGUCAGACACCACGGUCUCUUCGUCAGCACAAUUCCUGGAGAAACUCAAACGGGUAAGCAUCCAUCCAAAUGAGGUCAUGGUAUCUUUUGAUGUUACAUGCAUUUUUACUUCUAUUCCCCAGGACCUGGCGAUCGAGACAAUUGAGCUGCUACUACAACGCAAAUACGAUGAAACGGAGAACCGUCUUGGACACGCCCAAGUCCUUCAGCUCUUGAAGCUCUGUCUCAGGACGUACUUCACGUUCGACGGGACAAUCUACGAACAGGUGAAGGGCACACCAAUGGGUUCGCCGAUUUCGGGAUUCAUCGGCGAGGCGGUCAUGCAACGGUUAGAGUCGCUGGUCUUCCAACACCACAGACCGAAAUUCUGGGCCCGGUAUGUGGAUGAUACCUUCGUCGUCAUCGAACGGGAACAGGUGUUGACAUUCCAAGAACAUCUCAACGCCGUCUUCCCAGACAUUCAAUUUACGAUGGAGGAGGAAGAGAACAACCAGCUGGCCUUCCUGGAUGUCCUCGUAUGCCGCAAGGCUUGUGGUGGACUAAAGACCAAAGUGUUCAGGAAAGCGACAAAUACGAUGCAAGUACUGAACUUCAACAGUAACCACCCAAUCAGCCACAAACGCAGUUGUGUGAGGACGCUCAAUCAGCGUGUCGAAACGCACUGCAGUGAGCCGGAAGACAAAAUUGCUGAACUACAAUACCUCCGACGGGUCUUCAAAGCCAGUGGCUACCCGCGCAACCUCGUCGACCGGUGCAUACACAAAAGGGACGAAAGGCCUAACCGCACGGACACCAAGUCUUGGCGGGCACUUCCGUAUGUCAAGGACGUUUCGGAAGCUGUCGGCCGCCUUCUCGCACCACCUGGGGUUGGAGUGGCACACAGACCGGAGGCAACCAUCAGGCGUCUGAUCAUGAAACCGAAAGACCCACUGCCACGGCUAGAAACGUCUGGAGUCGUUUAUCGGAUCUGGUGCAGUUGCGGACAAAGCAACUACGUCGGAGAAACCGGAAGACAGCUCCGAACGAGAAUGGCCGAACACGCGGCAGCGGUGCGCAGAAAUGACACCAGCUCUCACGUUGCAGCUCAUUCGACGAGAUCCGGCCACACAUUUAAAUUCGAGGAGGCCGAAAUUCUCGCAAGAGGUGACAACCGAGUGAGCCGGGAGCUACUGGAAUCAUGGUUUACUGGCCCCCAGUCCAUCAACGAGUGCAACGAUCUUCCCAUUCCAUAA